AUGCCAGGAUCGCUAGUGAACAGAUUACUAGAUGAUUUAUCCAAAUUAGGGCAAGCACGAAAAAUUAGGCAGCGUGCUUCGACAGCGCUAUGGGCAACUAGUGUACACUCAUGUAGUCUACUCAUUGAAUAUAAACUGUUGAAAAGCACGAAGCCACAUGUAAUCGGAAAAUGGGCAAUCUGGAUGAACACGGUGACGUUCGCUGAUAAACUGAUUGCAGCAGCAGCAAAAGCUGGAGCUAAACAGCGGCAAAGGAAGUUCAGUGAUGUGGAAUUAAGGACUUAUGCGUUGGUUUUGACAGUAUCAGCAAUGGGUGUGGUUGCGAUAGCAUUCAUCUGUCUUAUAAUAACAGUGCAUAUCUUUAUCUACACGAGAUGGGGAAUCACACGCCGACUUAUCCUUCUAAACUCCAAAGUUGCCUAA